AUGGCGGAGAGCGGCGCUGAUGGUGCGGCCUCUGGUACUACCGGGCAGGCUCCGGCUAAAGGACUUAUUCGUGUCACCGUCAAGACGCCCAAGGACAAGGAGGAGAUUGUCAUUGGGGAAACGGCGUGUGUCCUGGAGUUCAAGGAAGAGAUCUCCAGGCGGUUCAAAGCGAAACGGGAUCAGCUGGUUCUGAUCUUUGCCGGGAAGAUCCUGAAAGAUGGGGACACGCUGAACCAGCACGGCAUCAAAGAUGGCCUCACCGUACAUUUAGUCAUCAAAACUGCACAGAAAUCCCAGGACCCAUCCGGGGUUUCCUCUGCUUCUGAUGCUGCUGCUUCCAACUCCUCCCCACAGACAGGUAACGCUACCUCCCCGACACCCGCUACUGGAAACAGCUCCUCCGAGGGGAGUGGAGGAACCAACAGAGCUGAUGGUGCCAGCACUGCUGCAAAUGGAUCUCCCGCUGCCCCAAACCUCCUGUCUGGUUUUGGAGGUUUGGCCGGAUUGGGCAACUUGGGCAUGGGAUCGGCCAACUUCAUGGAACUGCAGCAGCAGAUGCAGCGACAGCUCAUGUCCAGUCCUGAGAUGCUGUCCCAGAUUAUGGAGAACCCCCUGGUGCAAAACAUGAUGUCUAACCCCGACCUCAUGAGGCAGAUGAUCAUGGCCAACCCCCAGAUGCAGCAACUGAUGGAGAGGAACCCGGAGAUCAGCCACAUGUUGAACAACCCAGAGCUGAUGAGGCAGACUAUGGAGUUAGCCCGAAACCCUGCUAUGAUGCAGGAGAUGAUGAGGAACCAGGACCGAGCCCUCAGUAACCUAGAAAGCAUCCCUGGUGGAUACAACGCCUUGCGUCGAAUGUACACAGACAUCCAGGAGCCGAUGUUCAGCGCAGCCAGAGAACAGUUUGGUAAUAAUCCCUUUUCCGCAUUGGCCGGGGGAUCAGACGGAUCAGCCUCACAGCCACUGCGCACGGAGAACAGGGAGCCACUCCCCAACCCCUGGAACCCCGCCUCUCCCUCUUCCCAAAACCAGACGUCCAGCAAUGAAAGCAACACGGGCUCUACCACCAGCCAAAGCGCCCCCACUGUGUCCAACCCCCUUGGCAUCAACGCUGCCAGUCUGGGAUCAGGCGCGUAUAACAGCCCAGAAAUGCAAGGCGUGUUGCAGCAGAUCACUGAAAACCCCCAGUUAAUACAGAGUAUGAUUUCUGCCCCCUACACGCGGAGUAUGAUGCAGGCCCUGGCACAGAACCCGGAAUUUACUGCACAGAUGAUGGGGAACAUUCCAAUCUUCUCUGGGAACCCACAGCUACAGGAACAGCUCCGACACCAACUGCCAGUCUUCCUGCAGCAGAUGCAGAACCCAGAAUCUAUGUCAGUAAUGAGCAACCCCAGGGCGAUGCAGGCGCUGCUCCAGAUCCAACAGGGACUUCAAUCACUGCAGACGGAGGCCCCAGGCCUGAUAACCAGCCUUGGUUCUUUUGGCAUUCCUGGGGUGCCACCCACAUCUGGCGGAAGCACGCCCCCUGAUAACCCCGCCUCCUCCUCCUCGCCAGCAAGUGCCUCUCCAUCAGGGGGCAGCAGCAGUAAUCCCCAGCAACAGAUGAUGCAGCAGAUGAUCCAGCUUUUGGCCGGGGGUAAUUCUCAGGUGCAGAACCCCGAGGUCCGUUUCCAGUCUCAGCUGGACCAACUAAAUGCCAUGGGCUUUAUCAACCGGGAAGCAAACGUGCAGGCCCUUAUAGCGACUGGCGGAGACAUCAAUGCAGCCAUCGAGAGACUGUUGGGCUCCCAGCCCUCCUAAGGAGACACAGAGCUUUGCCCAAAAUCUACAGGAACACAUUCUCCCUGACUCACAUGCCCCAUCGCCGAGCAUCAUGGGACGUGGCUGCUGAUUGGACUGUUCCAUUUGGAUUGCAGGUGACAUGAGGAUGCUCCGUGUGGGACAGUACCUGUAUCAUCUCCCCCCAGGGCCAGUGCCCCUCUAUUACAGGUCACCCUCAGCUCCGCUUUCCUUCCUGAUGCUGUUAAUAAACUACCCAUAAUGCAAGCUGGCUAUAUAGCAACAUUUGCUCAUACCUGCCCUGUAAUAACUAUUUAACUCACUAAUCCCCGGAUUAAUUCACUCGGCUCAAACGGUGGUUUCAGUUAUGUAGUUUUUUUUGUGGUUUUUUUUUGCCUUUAAUCCCUCCCCAUUGGCCUAAUGAAUUGGAGCUGUAUUUUCAUUAGAUUGAUUUUUAACAAUAAAUCAACAAGUUUUAUUUUUCCCCA